AUGUCCUCUUACAAACCAUCAGUUUUAAUCACAGGUCCUAAUGGGACUGUGGGUUCUAAUAUUGUCAAAGCUAUUCUUAAGAAGAAGGAUAAUUUAGGAAAUAUUGGCUUCUUAGCAAGAGAAGAAUCUCCUAGAUAUGAUCUGUUGAAGAGCCAAGGCUUUCAACUUGAACUUAAGAGCUCUGGUGCAUCUGCCAUAAAGGGAAAGUAUGAUAUAUAUGUUAUUUGUCUUGCAGCCACUGCAACAGCUGAAGAAUUAGAAUUAGUCAAAUUUGCAGUUGAGGCAGGCAUUAAGACUAUUUAUCCUUCUGAGUAUGGAUUUGAUACAGACCUACUUAGAGAUGUUGGUGGUCCAUUUGCACCAAAGAUUGAAGUUUUAGACUACUUAAAGAAGAAAAAUGAGGAAGGUGUUUUAGAUUAUGUUAAGGUUCUCGCGAAUUCAUUCUUCGAUUGGGGUAUUGAAGCUGGUGGAUUUUGGGGUUUUGACUUGAAAAAUAAAGAAGCAAUCAUCUUUGAUGGGGGAGACUACAAAGUGAGCUGGACAUAUUUGCCUGAUCUUGGAGAAUUGGUUGUUGAAUCUUUCUUCGACAAAUCCAUUAGGAAUACUUCGAUCAAUGUCACGUCAUUUGUUGCAACUCAGGAAGAAAUCUUAAAAGAAUUCGAAAAGCAAACAAAUUCAGAAUGGAAGAGAAUUGACACGAGUUUGUCCGUUUUUGCAAAUGAGAAAACUGAUGACCAUGCUGAUAAGAUUAAACGUUUCUUAAACUCAUUUGCUUACAGUAAAGAAUUGGCUGUUAAGUUCAAUGCAAGGGACCAAUUAAGAUAUGACAAUGAAGUAAAGGUCCAUAGCUUGGCUGAAGUCAUUUCUGCGCUUGUGAAGAAAUCUUCUUAA